CUUGUACAGGUUCGACUUGCUUCCGGAUCCGCGGCGACAGCUUUGUCUAAAGUUGGUGUUUGUUUUGGUCAUCUGUUUUUGUGUCUCUGUCAAUGACAACAACUGUCAUUAGCUUGAACUGAAAGAGCAAAGAAUCGUGAGUGCCCUUGUAGGGUAUGGAGGACAUGUUGAAGAAGGAGCUGGCCACCUCUGUGCUGAAGAAUACAGGGCGGGGUGGGGGAGGAUGCGUCAAUCAGGGCGUGGCAUAUGAGACUGAUCAGGGUCUGGUCUUCGUCAAGAUGAACAGUAAAUCAGGGGCUCGGAAGAUGUUCGAUGGAGAGUUUGCGAGUCUUGUAGCCCUGCACACAGCGGAUGAAGUGAGAGUACCAAAACCCAUCAAGGUGCUGACGAACCCUGAGGGCGGCGCCUUGUUGGUCAUGGAGUAUCUGGACAUGCGGAGUCUCUCCUCCCACUCCGCCGCACUCGGCCAACAGCUAGCUAGACUUCACCAACAGAAUGCUGGGAUAGGUCAGCGGAUGCUAAAGGAACAGCAAUCUGUGCACAGAAACUCGGAUCUCAAUUACGUCGACAAGUUUGGGUUUGAUGUGGAGACCUGUUGCGGGUAUCUUCCUCAAAGUAACGCUUGGACAGACAGCUGGAUGCAAUUUUAUGCCCAAAAAAUUGAAGAACAAAUCCAGAUGCUUGAAUCUGAGUACAGAGACAAAGGCGCUCGGGAACUGUGGUCACAGAUUCUUCCCAGCUUGUCGAAGCUGUUUGAUGGCCUUGACAUUCAACCAGCUUUGCUACACGGAGACCUAUGGGGUGGGAAUGUUGGACAGCUGUCGGACAGACCGGUGAUCUUCGACCCCUGCAGUUUCUAUGGGCACGCUGAGUUUGACCUGGGAAUAUGCAACAUGUUUGGUGGGUUUAACUCUGCAUUCUUCAACAACUACUUCAAGGUCCUGCCCAAACAGCCAGGCUAUGAGACGCGACUCCAGCUGUAUCUGCUCUUCCACAACCUCAACCACUGGAAUCAUUUUGGAAGCACUUACAGAGGCUCUUCCAUGGGAAUACUCAAACACUUGGUCAAAGAGCUGAAGAAAAGUUGAGGUGCCAUCGUGUCGACAAAUACUACAGACUUAUGUUUUGGAAAUCAAAUAUCUCCUGAGGCCUGCUACAAGACACUUCAUUUGAUAUUCCUGGGAGAGGAGCGAAUCCAUCCGGGAUCAAGACAUUGUGUGCCCUGUGUGAAAGCUAGAUUUUGACUGUCUAGUCAGUGUAAUUAUAAACUGUUAAACUGAUAGACUAUACAGCAUUAGAUUUAUGUAAGCUGACAACCACACUGGGUUUAAAAUUACUUGAAUCCUUCCUGCUGUGUCUGCCACUUAGCCUAAGUCUAGUCCUCUGUUAGGCCAUCCAUAUGUUUUGUUUCUUGUGUUUUGUUUCUCAUCUCCAGCCUCAACCAGCAAGAGAGCAGGCAGGCAAUUUUUUUUGAUAAAAAAUAAAAAUAUUAAAAACUGUUUAUCAUUAACAUGAUUAAUUGUGUAACAUAUUUUAUUACUUUUUAAAGUUUAGAACACUUUUUACCAGUCUUUAUUUAAGUUAAUUUAUGACGUAGACCAAGUUGCUUUGCUUAAGAAUUUUUAAGAAAUGUAGCUGUUGAAAGAUCAAACUGUCCUGGGUUUUUUAAAGUGUGCAAUGAUAGUAGUAUUUUUUUUAUCACAUUGGGUGGAAAAAAUUUCAAAGGGCAGAGAAAAUUGGAUAAGAUUUUUUUAUUAAUUCACGGCAGAAUGAUUUGUUUGUUUGUUUGUUGUUUAACGCCGCACUCAGCAAUAUUCCAGCUAUAUGACAGCAGUCUGUAAAAUAAUCGAGUCUGGACCAGACAAUCCA